AGCGAUGCUAGACAGCGGCGCGCCCACACCCAGCCCAACCUGCUAUGUGUCUCGUGCGUGCCGUAGAGAGAGCAGCGCCGUCUGUCCGCAGUGAAUCCCGUGGCAGGACGUUUGUCUCCGGUGUGUGCGUACCUCUCCGUGACCCUCUCCUCCAGCAGAAUCCCGCCCUCCUCCUCCAGUCUGUGGACCUGUGCAUCCCCGAGGCUCGUGCGCACUCUGCGGUUCCUCCUGCUGCUGCCGUCCUCCUCCAUGCACUGUCAAUGAGGAUAGUGUCUUAUUUCUAUUGCGUGUUAUCAUCUGACUGGGGAACGGUCCGACUGGCACCAUGAGCGCUGUGUUCCAGCAGCAGGCGGUCCACAGCCCCCACGAGCCGCCGCAGAAGUCCAAACCCAAGGCCGGGCCCAUCCCAUGUCAGAACUGUGGCAAGCCCUGCAAAGGAGAGGCUCUGCGGGUUCAGAACAAGCACUUCCACAUCAAGUGCUUCGUCUGCAAAGUAUGCGGCUGUGAGUUGGCCCAGGGUGGCUUCUUCGUACGACAGGGGGAAUACAUCUGCACUCUGGACUACCAGCGUAUGUACGGCACCCGAUGCUUCAGCUGUCAGGACUUCAUCGAGGGAGAAGUGGUGUCUGCAUUGGGCAAGACCUACCACCCACGCUGCUUUGUGUGUGCCUCAUGCAAACAGCCGUUCCCUGCUGGAGACAGAGUGACAUUCAAUGGGAAGGAGUGUAUUUGCCAGAAGUGCACUCAGCCUCUCCCGGCCAACAGCCCUGCACCUAUCCAAGCAGUGCACAACUGCUGUGGCUGUGGAAAGGAGUUUAAGAACGAACAGUCUCUGGUGGCUCUGGACAAGCACUGGCACCUGGGCUGCUUCAAGUGUAAAGUGUGCAACAAGGUGCUCAACGCAGAGUACAUAAGCAAGGAUGGGAUUCCCUACUGUGAGAUGGACUACCACGCUAUGUUCGGCAUCCAGUGUGAGAACUGCAAGAAGUACAUAACUGGAAAAGUCCUAGAAGCUGGAGAGAAGCAUUACCACCCCACAUGUGCCCGCUGUGCCCGCUGUGAGCUCAUGUUUGCAGAGGGAGAGGAGAUGUACCUGCAAGGAAACUCUAUCUGGCAUCCUCCAUGCAGACAAGCAGCCAAGCAAGAAGAAAAGAGCAAGAAGCAGGUGCGGAUACAACUCAAUGACGUCCGUGAUCAAGAGGUGACCAGGACUUCAUCUGAGAGCAUUACCUCAGUGCCAGCCUCCAGCGCCUCGGGUUCUCCCAACAGAGUUAUCUAUGCCAAACUAGGAGAGGAGAUGCUGGACUACAAAGAUCUGGCAGCUCUUCCAAAGACCAAGGCUAUCUACAACAUUGACAGACCUGACAUGCUGUCCUACUCCCCCUAUGUGAGCUACCCAUCUGAGGAAAGGCAUUACGGAGAGUCCCCUCAGCUGCUUUCUCCUACUCCUACUGAGGGUGAUGGAGAAAAGUCACCCAGGCAGAGAAGACCCUCCUGCCCCAGCUCCAACAGCUCUCUGGUGGGCUAUGGACGCUACACUCCCUCCCGCUCACCACAGAACUACAGCCGACCAGCUUUUGGAACAGACACAAUCCUUACCGGCAGAUACAGCAGCCUGCCCCGUGACACCACUUCCCUACUACUGCCCCCCACUGUACCAGGAAGCCAUAAAUACUCCUCCCUGCCAGGGUACCACAGCGGGGGGGCUGAGAGAAGCACCAGUGGAGGGUUCAGUAGUGGCAAGUGCUCUCCUGUACCACCAGGGGGCACUGCCUUACACCUAAACCCCACCACUCUGGCCCUGCUGCAGCAACACAACUACAUCCCAUACUUCAGAGGUAGUGAAAGUGGCCGGAGUACUCCUAGCUUAUCCACCUAUUCCGACGGCAAGUCCCCCUCCUCGGCCUCUACAUACGUGGCUGCUCCCCGGCAUUUCCACAUACCAGAGACUAUGGUCAAAGAUAAUAUUUAUAGAAAACCCCCCAUCUACAGACAGCAUGGUACAGUCCACUUCCUCUUUAACACUUCUGUUCUGGUCUGGUCUCUGCACGAUGUGUCGCAUGUUGCCUGUCAUGUAGUCAUCCAUGAGUCCCGCCCAAUCCGUCCCCCACCACAUGCCCUGCCCUUCAGGUUGGAUCUACUACAUGCAUAGGGCUGGUACAGGAGUUGCGAAGUAUAAAUAUAAAAUUUAGAAAUUUAAGACACUUUUGGGUUGAAAUCCUUCUUUUUUUUUUUUAAGUUUUAGUUUUGAAUAUAUUUGCUCAAAUGCGAAUAAUCAAUUUCUGAAACUUUAGUAAAACUAAAAUCAAUUUUAUAAGUGUAUUGCUUUGAGUGUGUAGUACAUUUCAAAUAGACAUUGUAUUGAUCCAAUGGCAAAUUAAUCAUUUUAAAUGUAUUAUUAUUAUUAUUUUACCUUUUGAUAUUUUUUGACUAGCUUUACAUUUUUAUUUUAUUUUUUUAUUCUAAAUUGUAGGUAAUUUUUGGAGAAACAAUUUUCAGCGUUUUCAUUAUCAGAUUUAGCUUUUCAGAGAUGAUCUUCCUGGCAUUGCAUCAUAGCGACAUAUUUCUUUUAUUGCUUAUUUUAAUUGUUACAUUGAUCAAUAUUUGGUGAUGGUAGAUGCGUCCGCUGUCUUCAUGCAUGUUGGCCCCAUCUCACCUGCUCACGUGAUGGUUGCUAUGGUGACGUGUACACUAUAAACAGUUAGCUACACUCUGGUCUGUCUCUGUCUGGUAGCAUUGGUCUUGUGAAUCACGGUUUGAAUCACUGUUACAUAUCUAAAAUUGUCGGUGUGGUCCUUAGUAGUUUCCCUAUUUAUACUUAUGUAUGUUGCAUCU